GCAGUAUAACGCGCGGAUGGACUCAUUGGCAUUACCACAAGAGCUUAUUGAUAGAAUCGUCGAUCACGUCGUGGCUCCGUUAAGGGGCCCGGAAGGACAACUCAUUCUUCGCAAGGAUGCACAAGUCGCGAAAGACCUCUUCGCACUCACCUUAAUCCCGAGACUGGAAGCUGGCAGUUCGCGAGUCCUGUUUGGGCAGCUUACGGUUGGGAAUAGGAGCCGCACUGUGCCGGCCUUUGCGUCGGCCGUGAAGGGCUCCUAUAGGCUCUCUCUGGCCAUUGUGUCAUUGAAUAUCGACCUCGACAACUGCGAUGUCUCUCGAUCUGCGUCCAUCGAGGACCUGGAGACCAUAAUCUUGAGCUUGCGCAGCCUCGUCAAGCUACGCAUUCGUAAUCGUCGAGGGAACACGGGACCAUCCCUGCGCAGACGGAAUCGUCAGGCAAGGCCUGAUCCGACUGCUAUCUUGUCAAUCCAGGACCUCACUCUGUCUUCGCUCGACAUCGAUGCCGUUCUCCAAUGUCUUACGUUCUUCACCAAAGUCACCGAACUUACCCUGGAGAACAUAUUUUGCGCCAACGUUCCCACUUUUCAGCUGUCGAAAAAUUCUCCUUCUCGAUUGGCGGUACGGACCCUGCAAUUUACUCGCUGCCACCCUGCUCUAGCGGGGCUCCUUUCCGCAGUUAUAGACACCCAGUAUCCAGUCGAUCGCAUUGAACUCUACAAUGUAGUGGUGUCUCUCGAGUACAAGGCGCUGCGGCAUCUUCUAUGCACCGUCGGUAGAGAGGCUGUCGAAGUAACGCUGGAACUCACAAACCGGUGGGCAAAGAACC